AAGCUGAAUUCCCAUGUCAACGUAAAGGUUGGUUUCCAUCGAAGUGAAGAGCGCGAGCGCUCGUAAUAGACUGACGAGAAUCAAAAUGGCGAUAACAGUGGAAAAACUAAAUUCAGCUGCCAUGAAUGAAGAGAAAGAGGCAGUAAUGGCCCGUGUCAAUUAUAAUUGGCUAGAUAUUACCCAGGAUUUUUUUGAAUCUAUUAAAGAUUUGGAAUUAGGUGAAUUAUUACAUGACGAAUUAUUUGGCCUCUUUGAGGCAAUGUCAGCGAUAGAGAUGAUGGAUCCAAAAAUGGAUGCAGGGAUGCUGUGUAAUAGAGGAAACAAUAAGCCAUACACGUUUAAUCAAGCUGUAGAUUCUGGAGCAAUACAAUUGGAUAAUUUAAAAGUUGCAGAUGUGAUAGCGAUAAUUGAUUCAACAUAUGCUUGCAUAGUUUCGUGGCUUGAGGGCCAUAGCUUAGCUCAAACAGUUUUUACAAACUUAUAUUUACAUCAACCUAGCCAAAUUCAAGACAAGCCUUUAAAAACAUUUUGUUACGCUGUUUUUAAAAUAAUUGAAAUCAUUAAAGAUUGCAUCACUCGAGCUUUAGUCUUUGAGGAAGAGGAUUUUCAAAGUUUUAUGUAUGAUUAUCGACUUCAACAAGAUAUUACGGAGCAAAAAACAGUUUCAAUGUUGAGAGAAGUCGAAGAAGAAUUACAUAGAAAAAGUCGUAUAAAACCAACGACCGAGGAAAAAGAGAAGGAGUAUAAUGAUGGACUAGCCCUUUACGCAAGGAUGCGAUUUACAAAGAUGUUUUAUCAAACAUUAAGUUUCUUGGGCAAAAAGGAUCAACUUCAUCAAAAUUUGACUGAUUGUCAAAGACUUCUUUCAAAUUGCACUGAUAUGAUUCAAGUUAUGAUACGAACUGUAGAUCGUGGAUCCAAAGCAGAUGAAAUAACCGAUCAUCCAAAUAUUAUGGGUUUUGAUCCCAUGGUAAACCAAAGAUUGCUUCCUCCAACUUUUCCAAGGUACACCAAAAUAAAGCCACGAGUUGAGGCCUUGGAAUAUUUGGAUGAAUUAUUAAAUCGUUUAAAAAUGGUUAUAAAAAUUACUGGUUAUACCAACUUCCAUGGUGCUUUAGAUUUCUUUUUAGAAUUUUCACGUCAUAGUCCUUGUAUUUUAUCAAGAUCGAUGUUACAAAUAGUUUAUUUGCCAUCAACUAGUCGUGUGUUCGGUAUACAAAGCUUUAAUGAUGUAUUAAGGGAUGCAGCGAGAAAUUUCAUUGCUCCACCUGCUCUAAUGCCUAAAAAUACAUUGCUACAGAAUCAUCAAGCAAAGGAGUGUGUCGAUACUUUCUUAAAUCAUUGUGCCAAUUUAUUUGGAAAUUUAUUACAAUUAAGUGGACACAAUAGAGCAAGACAGCGAGAUAAAUUAGCACAUUUACUCGACGAUUUUGCUACUCUUCAAGAUGAGGCUGAAAGAGUUGACGGUUAUAUGCAUACGUUAUCAUUGAAAAGUGAUACACCUCGACCACAUUUAGCAUAUUUUGGUACCUGGAUUUUAUAUCACACAUUACGAGUUAUGGUCAUGUACUUGUUGAGUGGCUUUGAACUUGAAUUGUACUCUGUUCAUGAAUAUCAUUACAUUUUUUGGUAUUUGUAUGAAUUUUUGUACGGCUGGCUAGUCUCGGCAAUUACGAGAGCAGAUUCAUUUUUAAUGGAACAAGAUAUUCACAAUGAGACACACAAAGGAAGAGGAGGUAAAAAGAGUGCAAAAAAUAAAAGAAAAAAAGUCGCUCCUAGACCUUAUAGUUUAGAAAUUUUAAUGUAUCAAGCAAUGCAAAAUAUUUGCGGUGGUUAUUAUAAGGCCUUGGUGGGCUUUCGACUAGAUGGAAAGAUUCCACUUCCUGAGAUGCAGUUCGAUUCCGAAAGAGUGAGAUACGAACAUAGAUUAUUACCUUUUUCGUCGCUUCUUACACCACCUCCAGUUCACUAUCAAGAAUUUUUGGACAUGACAAAUGCACAAAUAGAGAAAAGUAAAAAUUCUCUUUAUGAUCGGUUUACGAGUGAAAAUCAAUAUUUAGCGGGUUGUCGUCAUUUUCAUCAUGCGAGAAAUAUGUUGGAAAAAGCUUCAAGCCUCUAUCCUGCCAAUUCGAAUACCGUUAGCGAGAUAAAAGAUUUAUUGAAAGUAGCGAAAACAAAUUUUAUUGUUCUAAAACUUUUGGCGGAUGGACACAAAAAGGACUCGAAAGAUCCUCCAUUGUUUGAUUUCUCAUGUCAUCAGCACUUCCCGUUAAUAAAACUUACAUAAACUGACAAUUGUUAUAUGUAUUUUUGUUAUAUAAUAAUUGAAGUGAUAAAUUAUUUAUUUUUUAGUAAAAAUUUAAUUUUGAAGCCAAUAUUUGUUUUAAUUAAAUUUUAAGUAACUAGUAAUGUGUAUAGUUCCUUUAUUUGCCGAAUAACAACUUGAAAAAAUGUAAAUCUUCGUGAAUCAUUCAUGUGUGAUUUUCUACGUUUCAAAUCUGACAAUCUGAACAAAUUUCCCCAUAACUUUAAAAAAGGCUCAUAUAUAUAUAAUAUAAAUCCAUUAAAAUAGUAAAUAUAAUUCUUUUAGAUUGUAGGCGAGUCAAAUUAAUAAUAAAAUUAUGCGCAAAGCGACGUUUGAACAUCUUUUUGAUCUAGACGAAUAAAUUUUAAGUUGCAGUAUUUUUUUUAGGAAAAAAUAUAUUAUCGCUGAAAACGUAUGUUGUUUGUAAAAGAUUGUAGAACAUGUGAACUGUAUGAUAUAUAAUUGAAAGAACUGCAUUGUGCAUUUUGUAGAUAUAGAAUAAAAUGUAUUUUGCAGAAAUAUUAGAUAAAAAUUGUUUUUUUAAAUUAAAAAAAUAAAUGUUUAAUUUUAUUUUUUUA